AUGGGUCUUCAGCUUUCAUCGUUGGAGUUGGAAUCCCUCAAACAUAACUGCGUUCUUCAUCUAUCAAAUCACUCAGAUGUGCAAAUAUUGGGGGAAACUAUCAAGGCAGCGUUUGGCGCCUCAUGGAAAGAGGAUCUCUGCCAAGGGAAUCUUGUCCAGGGGAAAGUUAAUGCUGGAAGCCCCGCGGUUCUCAUUAUAACCUCCUCUGCCCUCAGAUGCAUACAGCUUCUAAGGGGCUUUCGGUCUAUCACUAACCAAUGUCACGCUGCAAAGCUAUUCGCAAAGCACAUGAAGCUUCAGGAACAGAUUUCUUUGUUAAAGAACCGUGUUAACAUUGCUAGCGGUACUCCAAGCAGGAUAAAGAAGCUCAUUGAUGCUGAGGCGUUAGACCUUUCAAGGUUGCAAGUACUUGUGCUUGAUAUGCAUCCUGAUGUAAAAGGCUAUUCAUUGUUGACCCUUCCACAAGUCAGGGAUGAAUUCUUGGAGGUGUUCAAGAACUAUUUUUAUGAACCGAUGAUCCAGGGUGGCCUGCGUAUUUGUCUUUAUGGUUACCAGGCGGGUGCUGGUUUAAAGGGCAAACAUAAACAAGGCCAUACAAUUCCUGAUACAUAA